CGGGUGGAGCUUGUGUUCGUACUUUUAGUUAUGCGGUCCAAGGGUCUGCGGCAGUCCGUGCAGGUCUUUGGACCCAAGAAGACAGCCACAGCUGUGGCCCACUGCGAACGGGGAAGUGGGCUCAAGGUGAAUGGAAGUCCCCUGGAGAUGAUUGAGCCGUGUACACUGCAGUACAAAGUACUGGGGUCUGGUUUGCUUCUGGGCAAGGAGCGAUUUGCUGGUGUGGAUAUCUGGGUCCGUGGGAAGAGUGGUGGUCAUGUGUCCCAAAUUGAUGCUAUCCAACAGUCCAUCUCAAAAGCCCUAGUGGCUCAUUACCAAAAAUAUCUGGAUGAAGCCUCUAAGAAGGAGAUCAAAGAUAUCCUCUUUCAGUAUGAUCGGACCCUGCUUGUAGGGACGCCCCUCCACGCGUUUCACAAUCCCUUUCGCGGUAGCGAGGAUUCGCUAACUGUCUCGCGGGGGUGGCCCCACUCGGGCUCCGAGGCUGGGCGGUUGCGGCUCCGCUUUCUGCUUGGUCUCCGCGAGGUGUCGCCUUCGGCCGAAGAAAACGGCAAGGCGCCACCCUCGUAG